AUGCUGGUAGCGAUCCUGGCGAUUGCGAUGUGGGUUGAAGGGGAGAAGGGGAGGACGAUGAAGCUGCGAGGGGGGCUGGAGGAGGAGACCCGGGUCGAAGAUCUGGACAUGCUCACCAAGAGCAGAGGCGCUGUGUCUGGGGAGGACAGCACGGGGGCAGAUCGGGAGGAGUGGGGGGGUCUACCGCUCACUGAGGACGAAGAAGCGAUCAGGAGGCUAUGUAAGGCCUGUUCCAAGGGGCACCUACACGACAUUACCUUCCUUCUCGAGAGUGCGUACGAUCCAUACAGCAUGGUGGAACAUCUGAUCCUGAACGACGCCGACAUUGACAGUCAGGAUGCGCAUGGGAAGACCCCUCUCCAUCAUGCUGCUAUGUUGGGAAGGGAGUGCUCGGUGGUGAAGAAACUCCUUGAGUACGGAUCUUCGUAUGAGGUAGUCAACGAGGAUGGAAGCGACGCGAUCAAGAUGGCGAAACAGAACAAUCAGACCGAAUUGGUGGAACUUCUGAUGGCAAACGCACAUUACACAAGACGAGCUAAGGUGCAGUGA